GCAUUUGUCCCCAGUCUAACAGUGCGCAAGAACUUCACGAUGCCAACGGCAAAACGACACCAAGCGGAUAACAACCAUUUGAGGCUUAAUUGACUUAAUGAAUGUUUGUCUUGCAACUACCGAGUAUGGGUGUCAGGAGAAGUGUAACAGUGAACUGUUCUGAGGGGGAAAGAGAGGUUCUGAGGUAAAGUAUACGUCAACGUGAGCUCAGACUUGAAGGCAGUUGCUGCAUUUCAAGUGCCGUUCAAUGAAGAGAAGACAGCUGCAGUAGGAGCCAUCCUUCAAGGAGAAGAAGAGCCAUUUAAGCAUAUAGGAGCAACUGAAAAAACAGAAACACAUCGAGACACACAGAUACCAUGAGCGAGAACUCAAGCUCGAAGAUGGACACUCCAACUAACAUUUCAUUGGUGGGGGAAUCGGUCACAGAGUCAAUAGAAUACAAAACCAUCUCAGUGUUCCUGGUCUUACUGGUCUGUGGGGUGGGCAUUGUGGGUAAUGUAAUGGUGGUCUUGGUGGUCGUGAACACACGGCACAUGCGCACACCCACCAAUUGCUACCUGGUGAGUCUGGCUGUAGCUGACCUCACCGUGCUGGUAGCCGCUGGCCUGCCCAACAUCUCCGACAGCCUGGUGGGAUACUGGAUUUACGGCCAUGCUGGUUGCCUGGGGAUCACCUACUUCCAGUACCUGGGAAUCAACGUGUCUUCCUGCUCCAUCACUGCCUUCACGGUGGAGAGGUACAUCGCGAUCUGCCACCCGAUGAAGGCGCAGACGGUUUGCACCGUGUCCAGAGCGAAGCGGAUCAUCGCCGGGGUCUGGGCAUUCCCAUGCAUCUACUGCAUGCUCUGGUUCUUCCUGGUGGACAUCCAGGAGAACCGGGACAGGCAUGUGCAGUGUGGCUACCGCGUGUCCCGCGAGCUCUACCUGCCUAUCUACCUCAUCGACUUUGCCAUCUUCUACGUGCUGCCCCUGCUGCUCGCCAUCGCCCUCUACGGGCUCAUCGCCCGCAUCCUCUUCCUCAGUCCACUGCCACACCAUGCUGACACCACCGGCACCACGGUGCGUGGGACCUGCAAGGACACGGCGGAGGGCGGGAAGAAGAGCAGUCGCCCGGGACGCCCAAAAAGCUCCUCCUCUUCCAGGAAACAGGUGACAAAGAUGCUUGCUGUGGUGGUCAUACUCUUUGCUCUGCUGUGGAUGCCCUACCGCACUCUGGUGCUCGUCAACUCCUUCGUGGCCACGCCCUACUUGGACGCUUGGUUCCUACUCUUCUGCAGGAUCUGCAUCUACGCCAACAGCGCCAUCAACCCUGUGGUCUACAACCUCAUGUCCCAGAAGUUCCGCUCAGCCUUCCGCGGACUCUACCGCUGCCAGGAGCAGGAGGCGCAGCGCCGCACGCUCUCCGUGGUCAACAGCACGGUGCGGGACUCGGCAGACCCAACGCUGGUGGCCGACGUGAAGGACAAGAAGCCGUGUGGGGCGGCCAAAGAGAAUGGCAGGAAGGCAGACAUGCAGGACCAGGAAGUGCCCUUCAAGUGCAAAGGUGACAUGGGGAACGAUGCCCUCACAAGGGAGGUCAAAGCAACACUACAAUUCACGACGGUUCGCAAGCAGGAAGAAAUUGGCCAAAGUGUUGUCUAAAUAAAC